AUGUCUUAUUACAACAAAAGAUGGCGCGGCCGUGGCGGCUAUCAGGACAUCAGACCUCGAAACCCUCUUGCGCAAUCAGAGGAAUCCCCGCCGCCUCCUUUAGGUGAACUGAUUGAGAUCAUUAACCAGAAGGAUCUUGAGGAUACCUGUGAAGAAAAUGUUGCAUUUGGAAUCACUGAGAGUGAGCUGGUAGCCUCGUACAAUUGGGCUGAUCAGAAAGCUCCGAAGAUCAUUGUGCCAGGUCGCCCUGCUCUUUGGACACCACGGGAGAAACCUCGUGCACUUCUUGAGGAUAAUGGCGUCUAUUUUCGUGAUAACAACUCGGCUUUCUUCCCAAAACAUCCCCUCGAGCCGGCGAUUGCUGCCAUUAUGAAAAUGCAUCCGACUUCACUUCAUGUCGACCUUGUCGCAUGCAAUAGCACCAUUGGCAACCUUUUACGGUUCGUUCAGGGCACCUUCGUUCGGGGCGUCGACCGCUCAUUUCGCAUGACUGUGGAAGUCGUGGGUAAGACUGUCCAUUUUAUCCGAAGAGAGAAUUCCCCGACAGAGCAAAUAUUGGGGGUCAGAGGAUUUGGGCACGCAUUUCCAGAGGCCUACACCACAUGGACUCCGGACGUCCGACCAUCCAAAUCGCAUCAUAGAGUUAUCAAAUACAAGUUUGGUGGGCUUGACAUACUGUUGCGUCAAAGUACUGAUGGAUACAUCGAAGAGAAAGACACAAAUGCUCUGGCAGUCGGUAAAUCCGCGCCUACUGGGGACAAGGAUCUGACGAGUCUCUUCGAAAGUGUCUCCAUCGGGACCUCAUCAGCUUCACCAGCCGAUUCUGGCAACCUCGAGGUGGUUGAUGGUGGUCAGCCAACAUCUCAAGAAUCUGUUUUUGAUCUCAAGACUCGGUCAAUUAGACUUAUCGAGAAUGACACUCUCUCAGAGGAACUACCACGCCUUUGGCUUGCUCGUAUCCCCAAUUUUAUACUUGCGCAUCACACACGAGGGACUUUCAACAACAUCGAAAUAGCCGAUGUACGCGAGGAUGUCCAAGGCUGGGAAAAAUCUCAUCAGCAAGAUCUCAGCCGCCUGAGCGCUCUUUUGCAUCGGAUAAUCGCCACGGCUUUAGAGAAAGAAGGCACUUUGUUAGAAAUUGUUAAGUCGCAAGGAGGUCCUUUGGAGAUUCGAAAACGUCUCCCAGAUGCAGGCAUUGCGUUCUCAGACCAGGUGAAGGAUAAAUGGCUCCAGUGGCUCGACGACAGCGAUGACGUUGAAGAGACACAUGACGGCGGCAAAAGCUGCGGCGACUGCGGCAGUAACAGCGACAGUGACAGUAAUGCCGGUGACUUUACUGCUUGCAAUGAAGAAUGUGGAUAUUGUGGGAAAUGCAGUUCAUGA